CUUUGUUGUAUGGUUAGUUAAUAUUUUAAACUUGUAUCAAAUUAAUUAUACAUUGCCAACACCAUUAAUGUUUUCUUUUGAAUUUAGGGUAAAAGGUUAUGAUUUUCUUAAUCGUUUUAUCAUUUUUCGAAACAAGAAUGACUCUGAUGCGAAAGUGAUUGAACCGCAGAUGAUAGCUGCCCGUUCUGGUAAUCAAUACAUUGAUGUUUCCGCCAUAACAAAUGAAAAUAUGGAAGAACCGUUCGUAUACCUUUUGCAAGAGUACUUUGGCAGGCCCGAUCUUGAGUUGGCAAUGCCCAUCCAGCUCGCAGAGCCACAUGUUCUGGUUGCAGCAAUGCCAUUAGUACCUAAUGGGAUUGUUAGUGCGGAGAUGCACGAGGCUUGCAUUGGUAGGAGAAGGGGUGGUAGAUAUGUGAAGAGUUGGAAGGAGGUGAUUAGAUAUGACUUAGAAUUUCUUGCCUUUAUUGAGGAUAUGACCUUAGAAGCAUUCAGAGAGCUAGGAUUAGAGUAGCUAGGUAGGUGCCUUGAGCUUGGGUGUGUUGUUGUUGUAAGGGUAAGGUCUGGUACACACACCCUCCCUAGACUCUACUUUCGUCGG